AUGGCCGACUAUCAGUACGGCGGCUCCGAGGAGGAGAAUGCGGAGCUUCGAAAAUUCGAGGCCGAGCUGCAUGAUGAUCCUGACAACUUUGAAACCUGGGAGAAGCUGGUUCGCGCCGCAGAGGCCCUUGAAGGUGGAAUCAAUCGCAAUUCCAACCCACAGGCCAUUACAACCGUCCGCGCAAUUUAUGAUCGCUUUCUUGCAAAGUUUCCUUUGUUGUUUGGAUACUGGAAGAAGUAUGCAGACCUCGAAUUUUCCAUUGCCGGUACCGAGGCCGCUGAGAUGACCUAUGAACGUGGCAUUGCCAGUAUCUCUCCAUCGGUUGAUCUCUGGGCCAACUAUUGCUCAUUCAAGACAGAGACUUCACACGAUUCCGACAUCAUUCGAGAGCUUUUUGAACGGGGUGCAAGCAGUGUGGGCCUUGAUUUCCUCGCUCAUCCUUUCUGGGACAAGUACAUUGAGUUUGAAGAACGUCUUGAGGCUCAUGACAAGAUCUUUGCCAUUCUUGGGCGGGUCAUCCAUAUCCCAAUGCAUCAGUAUGCUCGCUACUUCGAGCGUUACCGUCAGAUGGCGCAGACCCGCCCUUUGGCUGAGCUCGCACCGGCGGAGACCAUGGCCGCAUUCCGCGCCGAAAUCGAGGCUGCAUUGUCUCAAUCGGUUGCUGGCCCCAAGGCUGAUGCCGAAAUCGAACGUGAUCUCCGGUUGCGCGUGGACAGUCAUCACCUGGAGAUUUUCACCAAUACUCAAACCGAAACGACCAAACGCUGGACCUUUGAGUCGGAGAUCAAGCGUCCCUAUUUCCAUGUCACUGAGCUCGAUGAAGGUCAGUUGGCGAACUGGAAAAAGUAUCUUGACUUUGAGGAAGCUGAGGGUUCAUUCCCCCGGAUUCAGUUCCUGUAUGAGCGGUCCCUGGUUACUUGUGCCCAUUACGAUGAAUUCUGGCUUCGUUACGCUCGCUGGAUGGCUGCGCAGCCGGACAAAGAAGAUGAGGUGCGAAUCAUCUAUCAGCGUGCCGCAUAUCUCUACGUUCCAAUCGCAAAUCCCACCGUCCGGCUCCACUACGCCUACUUCGAGGAAAUGUCGGACCGCGUGGACGUAGCAAAGGAUAUUCACAUGGCCAUUCUCAUGUGUCUUCCCAGCCACGUCGAAACUAUUACUUCACUUGCCAAUCUGUGCCGUCGUCACGGAGGUCUCGAAGCGGCUAUUGAAGUUUACAAGACCCAGUUGAACUCCCCAGAGUGCGAAAUGGCCACAAAGGCUGCUCUCGUUGCCGAGUGGGCCCGACUUUUGUGGAAAAUUAAAGGCGCUCCUGAUGAGGCUCGCAAGGUCUUCCAUGAGAACCAGCAAUACUACCUCGACAGCCGCCCCUUCUGGGCAAGCUAUCUUGUCUUUGAAAUUGAACAGCCCACUAGCGCAACCACCGAGUCGGUUCAGUAUGAACGUAUCAAGCAGGUCAUCGCUGACAUCCGGUCCAAGAGCGUUCUGCAAGUUGACGCCGUCAAGGCACUUGUGCAGAUUUACAUGGCGUACCUUCUUGAAAGAGGCACGAAAGACACUGCCAAGGAGUACAUGACCCUGGAUCGAGAAAUCCAUGGCCCUUCAUCCGUGGCUGUUGUUCGGACCGGCGGCCCUGUGGCAGUUUACCCCACCCCUUCUGACGGACAGAUCGCUCCAGUUCCUAUCAUGCAGACCAUUCCUGACGACGCCGCCGCCGCUCAGGCUCAGGCCUAUUAUCAGCAACCCCCGGCCAAUGGUGUCAGCGCGUAA